CCGCCUCUGCCUGCUCCGGCGAGCGGUGGCCCCCGCUCGAGUCCAGCCCCGAAGUCUUCAACCAGUUCAUGUGGUCGCUGGGUGUCCCGCGGGGCGAGGCCGAGUUCCACGACGUGUACGGGCUAGACGACGACGCGCUGGCCAUGGUGCCCCAGCCCGUGCUCGCCGUCGUCUUCUGCUUCCCCGAUCCGCCCGAGGAUCCAGCCGCCCCUCCAGAACAAGUCUCAGCUACUGAAGACAAGCAGGAAAGUUUGGAUGGGGUGUAUUUCAUAAAACAGAUCGACUCAUUAGGAAAUGCUUGUGGAACUAUCGCUUUACUUCAUGCUGUUGGAAAUGCAUGUUCAGAAAUCAGUCUAUUGGAGAAUUCAGGCUUGGACCUGUUUUUCAAAUCAACAGCCAGCAUGGACCCGUAUGAGCGUGCCAGAGUGUUGGAGAAGGACGAUGACAUGGCAAGAGCUCACUCAUUGGCUGCCAAUGCUGGUGACACAGAGAUCGGUGACAUUGUAGAAGAGCAUUAUGUUUGUUUCACAACUCUCAAUGGGACACUUUACGAGCUCGAUGGAAUAAAGGGUGGACCAAUAAAGCAUGGUCCCUCAUCUCCUGAAAGUUUACUGCAGGAUGCUGUGAAUGUCAUCAAGGCGAUGAUGCAGAGGAUUCCCAAUUCGGUAAACUUCAAUGUGAUGGUGCUAUCGAGGAAACUGAAGUAAAGAGGUGCCAUUUCUUUGGUUGCUUGUUUCCGGGAUACGGCAGAAGGGGUGAAGGCUAUCUGUUUCAGCAAACAGCAGCCGCUGUCCAGCCUUGCGUAAGAAUUUCUGUCUGGUACUACCUGUGUGAUUGUCUAGAUUAUCUCGUGCAUUCGGCGUGCACGGAACCUCUUAUUAAUUGGUAAUGUGAGUAAUGCUUAUAUUCUUGUGA